GGCAUCAUGUGUAUCGUGUUGUUUGCAUCUAUUCCCCGAGGCAUAUCAGCUCAACAGCAGAGUUGGCAUGAAAACCACAUGAAGAAGCAUGAUAUAGGGUUAGUUCAGAAGCACACAACGGCAUGAGCUUCAUCUCAUGUAUAUGUAAAACAGUACGAGACUGGUUCCUUGUAGCUAGAAGCAAUCUGCAGCAGGACAGAGAGAAUUGUAGUUCAAACAUGAAGGUCUCUGGUGCCAAGGCAUUGCCAAUGUUGCUACUUAUGGUGGUCAUGGCAGGUCUGGUAGAGCAAGGCGAGGGCUCUACUUGUAGUAGCACUUUCUUCUCUGCACUUGUUCAGCUAAUACCUUGUAGGCCAGCAAUUGCUCCGUUUAGCCCCAUCCCACCGAGUGAGGCUUGCUGCAAUGCCGUUGUGAUUCUGGGACAGCCUUGUCUGUGUGUCCUUGUCAAUGGCCCUCCGAUCACUGGCGUUGAUCGGAACAUGUUCAUGCAGCUUCCUGAGAAGUGCGUUGCUAACUUCGAACCAUGUGGUAUGAGAAAGCAACACAUCGAGCCGAGGAUAUAACAAAUUAUGAAGAAAUCUGUGCGUAGAGCAAUGCGUCCUUUGAUGCUGCUAUUUACAAGUAGGAAAAGUUUGGAAUAUCUGUCAUUCUGGUUGUUCGGGCUUUAGAUCUUCUUCUUCCACUUUCUUUUUUCCUCUCUUUUUAUGUAAUCUCUUCAAUCUCUGGUGCUAAUAUAGAGAUUACCCAGUUUAUAAACUAAUAUAGAUUACCCAGUUUAUAAACUUAUAUUGUAUGUUGCGUAAUGACACUCAUCAUGUUAUGUCACCAAAUAAAGGGCCUGAGUGUUCGAGUUUU